GAGAGACAUCUUUAUGUAAUAUCAUACACAGAUCUCUCAAAGAUAUCUGAGAGACAUAUAUAUGUAAUAUCAUAUAUAGAUAUAUGUCUCUCAGAUAUAUCUGAAAUAUAAUAUUUGUAAAAUCACCGGGAUAUCCUUGUUACGUUAGCGCCACACGAGAGACACGAGCGACGUCUAAAGGACUGAAUAACGAAUUAGUACGUGUUUUGCGAGUUCCCCAGUAAUACUAGUCUAUGGAACGCUACUCCAAUGAUGCCAGAUGCAAACCUCCCGUAGCACACAGAACAAGCGACCACGACGUAUGUACGUCUCACACAAAUAGGGGGUCGGCAUUUAUGCCGAUGUGUGUACGAUGUUUAUGCCUGUGCGCAGUAGGCCUUUGCGCAACUCAAGCGUUGCGCCAAAACUUAUUGCGCACACACAUAUAGACGUCGCACACCGUGAGCGACGUGCGCCAAGACCUAACCUACUGCGUGCACUUAUGAACGUCGCACUUCGCACGCUGCAGUCUGCACUUGUUUCCGCAUGCUACAGAGAGGUUUGGCUCAGGAUUUGGAUCAUAGAUUGUCAGGCAUCAUAGAUUGUCAGUUGUGUUUAUAGUCAUGGCAGAGAUGGAGUUUGCGGUUGUUGAAUUUUCUGACGGAGUUCAAUUAGUCCCUAAAUUUUGGUUGCAAGAUGAUGAUACCUGUUAUUGGCCAAAAGUAAAGAAUCAAUCGAAAUAUUAUAAAUUAGUUGAAAAUAAAGAGCCAAUUAAUUCGCAAUGGGAAAGGUGCAAUGUUAUAGCGGUUCUAGCAGAAACUGAUACGUUUAAGAAAGGACUAGAAAAACUAAAAAAUGCCGAAAUCUUCACUGACCCAAAUACAGAUGUCGAUGAUGUUACUGGGAAAAAAAAGAGGAAAAAAAUUUGGAAACAAAAAGAUACUUCUUCAAGUGACGAUUAUUCGGCGGAUGAUGAUAUAGAACUUGAAAAAUUUCCUUCGCCUUCAAAACAUUUAAAUAAGAAAUCUGACAACACACAUUUCUCAUUACAAAAGAAUCAGCAAUCUUCUUCAAAAUCUCAGGGCCAUCAAACAAUCAAAUCGCUUGGAAGUAGUAAAGCUCACUCUUCCUAUAGCUCAUUUUCUCAGCCUCCACUAAAGUCAAACAAGCAAAGUGGGCCAAGUCAUCAAUCAUCCAAUACAGAGAGAGAGAGAGUUUCCCGGCUUUUAUCCAAAAGUACUGAUUGCGCACCUGAAGAAUAUCGGUGUUCAUCACCUACUCGUACUCCAUUAACGCAUUCAUUCACUUCUUCCAAUAAUAUGCAAAGUCCAUCCACUUGCGAAAGCAGUAGUAAGCAUUGGCGUGAUAGCUCGAAUAGACCGAAUAGAAAUUUUCAUUACGAAGAAUCAUAUUAUGGCGACAAAACCAUCGAAGAAUUAAAAAGAUUGAUAGAAAAAUCAGACAAUUCCACAAAAAGAUGUUUUGCUGAAAUAAAAAUAGAUAUUCAGCAAAUUUUAGAAAACCAAAAAAAUAUUUUAGUUCGACUCUGUAGACUCGAAUGUUGUAACCUUGUUCCUACUGCAAGAAAUGACCGUGUAGUAGUACAUCUUCCUUUAAAAAAAGAAGAUGAUCUAGAACAGUUAGAAGAUAACCUUCUACAAGAAGAUUUUCGAACUGCUUUGAUUGAGCAGCUGAAAAAAAUAGGAGGAAGAAACGUCAAGGAGACCGUUUAUACUUUGAUGAAGGAAGUAUUUACUAAUGAUUUAGCAGCAAAAUUUUCUUGGCUGGGCCUUAAAAAGAAAAAAAAAUUGUCUAUUUUUGGUCUAUCCAAUGUCCUUAUAGAUAUUGUGCAUUGCAAUCAUUCAACUACCAAACAGGAGAUAGUGGAGCAUAUUAAGGCAUGGCUGAGACAUGCACCCAUGAGAAGUGUUAGAGAGUCUAACAAAAACGCAGCCACACAACAAAAAACUAACGAGACAACCACGGAAUAAGUAUAUUAAGCAAAUUUCCUUCAUAUUUCUGUUACCAGUUUUUGACACUUAUUUUCCUGUAUUUAAUUCUUUUGUCGUGGAGUUAACUGCAGAAAUGGCAGACUUACUUUUUUCUCCUUUUUUAAUAUAUUAGUUAUUAUCAUAAUUCAUUUAUUAUUUUACUUUCGUCGAAAAGAAGAAAGAAGAUUUUACUUUCUUUCUUAGAUUAUACGUAUCAGUUUUUCAGCCGGUUUGUUAGUUUGAGACUUUUUUUCUACUGGUAUCCCCACUCCUCUCACUUCGUAACAUCUAGAUUUCUCUCACAGACAAACGCUGGAUCGCAGGGACACUAUUGGUUAUUAAUCGAAUUGGCACGUAAUGCCAAUACGAUUUCAUAUCAAUUUUUGAGAUUAAGUGUCUUAAAAUUCUAGAUGCUACGAAACGAGAAAAAUAGAGAUUGCAGCCAGUAAGACUCUCGAAAGUGCUAACCGGCCGCAAGCCUGAUAUAUAUCAUCUUUGAAUAGAUUAUAUAUGUAUAUCGUUAUUCAUUGUUCAUUAUUAGUUUACUUUAUUCGAAUAGAGACGCUAAAUUAAAGUCGUUAUGAUUAUUGAUCAAUCUGAUGUGAUCUCAUGUUUUUUAGUUUAUUUUUUAUUUAAUAUUUUAAUUUGAGAGGACUUAUCCCAAAGAGAAAUGUCAGUGCAAUAGAUAUCAAUUUGAGGUCUUUUUAAUAUUUUGGAUCAGAGUUGGAAUGUUAUAGUUGCCUUUUUCGAGUCGAUUUGAGAGGCAACACCUACUAUGUUCUUAUAUUACCUCUCAAGCCUUGCAUGCCAAGCCGCCGAUCGCAUUGUCUCAGGAGUACGCUCAUGUAAAAUGUAUGUUUGAACAUAUUUUUCAAGUCGUCAUAAAAAAUUACUACUUAAUAGAACGUACGUCCCAGCUAUAUAUUUUUUAUAUGUGCAUGCUCCUGAGGCAACGAAAUCGGCAGUUCCAUUAUCGAGACUUGAUCGGUAAUUAUACGGAAAAAACCUACAAUAUGAAAAAAUACUGAUACACUAUUGAAAAAUUAUAGUUUUUCAAUAUUAUACCAGUAGUUUUUUCGUAUUG